CAUUCACUGCGUGGCGCUGAACUCUGCCAUAUUGGAAGCGCACGUUUUCAUGAUGGCAAGAUUCGCUCCACCCCAAAUUCAAGACAAUCCCCAAGGAUGGGGACCUUGUGAAAUGCCAGAGAUGUAUAAGGACCUUCCAUACCAACCAUUUGCCAAAGACGUGCGGCUUGGCAAGGUUUCAGACUGGACUGGUGCCACUUAUCAAGAUAAGCGAUACCUUGGAAAAUACAAUUCUGCGUUUGCUGGACAACAGUAUUAUGCCUACUACCAUGAAGAAGAUGAAAGCUCUUUCCAGCUUGUGGACACAGCCAGAGUUCAAAGGCCUAUCUAUCAGCGUGGAAGACGUCUUUUCCAACAAAGUAAGCAAAGGAGAGAGCGUGAACGCCGACAACAACAGGCACAAGCCAAUAUGCAGGUCCUCACUAAGACACAGAAAAACAGAGAGCGUGAUCGCCAGCGGAUGUUGAAGAAGUGGCAGAAGCAGUUUGGAAAACAGAUGCAAGAAAACCGAAAUAAGGCGCCUAUGAAGCAUCGUGAUGCAUCGGUUCAGAUCAAAGAUGAUUGGCCUGUGGUUGAAGAGAUGGACUUCCCCCGCCUUACCAAACUUAAUCUUCCUGACAUCAAGGAAGGAGAGGACUUAAUGAGAUGUGGCGCUAUGGAGACAUAUGACAAGUCAUAUGAUCGAAUCACCACAAAGAACGAGAAACGUUUGAAACGCAUCAAUCGUAUCUUUCACAAAGUAACCACCACUGAUGAUCCAAUCAUUAGAGAGCUUGCAAAAAGCCAGGGCAAUGUUUUUGCCACAGAUGCCAUACUAGCAACAAUUAUGUGCUGCACACGUUCCAGUUAUUCUUGGGACAUUGUUGUCCACCGUGUGGGCAGCAAACUCUUCUUUGACAAACGUGAUGACUCAGACUUUGACCUUUUGACUGUGAGUGAGACAGCCUCUGAGCCACCCCAAGAUGAAGGAGCUAGCAUCAACUCACCCCGUAACUUGGCACUUGAAGCUACGUUUAUCAACCACAAUUUCUCCCAACAAGUGCUGCGUGUGGGAGAUGAUAAGUACCAGUUUGAGAAUAAGAAUCCAUUUGUUCAGCCGGAAGAAGAAAGUGAAGUGGCUUCAGUUGGAUACAGGUACCGCAAGUGGGAUCUUGGCAAUGACAUUGUGUUGAUCUCCCGUUGUGAACAUGAUGCAGUAAUGUAUGGCCCAAACAAUGAAGUGCAGUUCAUCAGUGUUAAAUCUCUCAAUGAGUGGGACUCACGGUUCUGUGGAGGUGUGGACUGGCGCAGUCGAUUAGACAGUCAGCGAGGAGCAGUGCUUGCCACUGAGCUUAAGAAUAACAGCUGCAAGCUUGCUAAAUGGACCGUUGCUGCCAUACUGGCUGGAUCUGACCAGAUCAAGUUUGGGUAUGUUUCUCGAGUACACGUAAAGGACACCUCUAAGCACGUUAUUCUUGGCACACAGCAGUUCAAACCCACUGAAUUUGCUGCUCAGAUCAACCUUAACAUGGAUAAUGCCUGGGGCAUUCUGCGCUGCAUAGUUGACACCUGUAUGAAACUCAAGGAAGGAAAAUACCUCAUUAUGAAAGACCCCAACAAGCCUGUCAUUCGUAUUUAUGACAUCCCUGAUCACACCUUUGAGUCAGAUGAUGAGGAUGAGUCUUCUAGUGAUGAUAGUGAAGAGGAGAGUGAAUCUGAAGAUGAAGCUGACAAGUAAAUUGUCAUUUCCUGCCUGAAGUGUGUGAAGGUUUGAAUUGCAAUCACUGUGUGGUGGAUCCACAAGAAAGUGUUCUCAUUUUGUGGAUAAUGUUCCUUGGAUGGUCUGCCUCUGAAAUAAACAAUAUUAACAAUCCCAAGAGGAUGUGUGCAAAAUUUGAUAUGUGCUUCUUGUGCUAAGUUUCAGUACAGUGGUCUCCUGUAUUCAAACAAUCCUAAUGGGGUAUCAUGUAGCUUUUAAUUAGUUUUGGCAAGGUCUGGUGUUGGCUUGGAUUAGAUUUUACUUUCUUUUUUUAAAAAAUCAGGCUUUCAGUGAUAAGUCACCAGAAAUCAUGUUUUGUAGGCUGUCAUGAAUAAAAUUAGAUUAUGAGAACUGUUUAUGAGUGAUUUGUUUUGCUUUCACUAGCUGCAGACUUGCUUUGGCAAGCACUUCCAUUAGUUAAGACUUGUAAUCCUUCAACCAUGAAAAAAGUGUGUGGGGGGGAUUUCUAACAAGUGUUUUGCUUGACCCAGGUAAGAAUAAACGCCAAUGAUCAGAAGGCUAAGGGAGUUGAUAGCUGGUGGUUGGGGCAUGGGUGGGACCUCUAGCUCUCUCAAGGCUACAAUUUGAGAUGGCCAGUGUCUCGCAGCAAAGCAAGUCUAUGUGAGAAAUGGCAUGAGGCAGAGUGUGUUAAUCAAAAAUAAGUGUAAUAAGAGAUCACAAUUUCAUACACAGAAGAACAGCAGACAAUCCUACAAUGUAAAGGCUUGAAAAGUGAUAUCAGUCAGAGGUAAAUAGAAGCAAAAUGGCUUGGUUAGUCAAAAAAAAGUGGAAUUGGACAUGAUUCAAAAAAUUAAUGUUGAACUUUAGACAAAAUUUGAGGUCUCUAGUGGAUGCCUUAAGUACCACCUAAGGCCCAAAAAUAUAGUUUAGACUUUAGAGGAAAGAAGUCAUUUCAAUAACAAGAAAAUUUCUGUACAUCCUCAAUUUCGCAAUGGAAGUACUUUUGUAUAAUCUUGUAUUCAAUAUCAUGUUCACUUACAUUGGUUAUUGCCAGGGUCUCAGAGUGCAUUCAGAAAUUCGUACUCGUUGAUUAAACUCAUUUUGCAACUGA